GUCGACGAGGACUGCACAUGGACCAAACAUUGCGAUAAGCGAUACAGUCACAACCACUCUGGAUAGGAGCGUCAGGUUGCCGUGCGUCCGUCAUUUGGAAUUGCAUCAAAAAGUGUUCCAACAGGCAUUUUCUCAGCUUCAUUUUCUCCCAAGUUAGCCGCAUUUAAACUCAAUUUCUACCUGGAAAGAAAAGAGGGGAUUAAGCGCUGAUUGAGAAACUCUCAUCACUUUCCUGGCAUCUCCUGCGCACCCCUCCGGCUCUUCAUCCGAUACUCCAGCGGUUCAAAGCCCUUCAGUCAUUUUGGUGGGACGCGGACUGCACAAAUGCACAGAGAAUAUUAUCCACCCAAAAUAUUGUUUGGAUCAUAAAGAGCAGAUGAUGCUGACAUAGUCAGAAGAGGAAUCUGUCAAAAGUGUUAUUGCCUUCCUGAAAACGUCACCUUUUUAACUUGGACAGUGGAAACAAGAUAAGUGCAGGGUCAUAAAAUGAUUGUGUCAGGAAAAGAUCUUUGACAAACUUUUGUCACUUGCAGUCAUGGCAUUAAGUGAGAUAUCCGCAUGAAGUGAAACCCUGUGCUUUGGAAGGGGGGGGAUUGAAAGAAGACAAUUUCUGAAAAAACUGUAAAUCAUACUUCAUCCAGCAAAACAAACAAUACCUCCACUCCCUGCUCAAUAAGCUGAAUUUGGCACCAGCCCUGGUUUCAGCAUACUUUUAACAAGCUCCACUUCCACAACAACCCUCUCAGUGCCAGUCAUGGUGUCUGUCUGAGGCGGAAAAAUAAACUGAAGAGGACAACGGGUGAAGUCAAAUAAAGGUGAACCAGAUUUCAUCAGAUACAAUUUUUUUUGUAGUGUGUCACCACAAAUCUGAGCCAUCUAGAUUGUUGUGUUUAUUUCCUUAAACACUGUGGUGUGUAAAGUUUUUUGUCUUUUUAACCAUACCGACAGGCUUUUAAAUAUCGUCCUUCUGGUCGCUUUAUCAUUUCUCAAGGAUCUCAGUCGCUUGUUUCCCUCCUGGCUGUCUUCCAUUUUGCGUUCUCUCAUUCAUACUUUGCCCAGUGAUACACUGUUCCCCCCCACCCCUCUCCACAUCCUUCUUUUAAACCAUACUGGUUCUCUGAGAGGCUUAAUCCUGGCCGGCACUAUUCCAGCCAAGGGGGAAGAGGACUUCCUGACGCUGGCCGCUUCACGGCUAACCCGCAGGAAACGUGUCAUUGGAGCUGCUGUAGGUGUGGCCAUGGUUCUAAUACUGUUGGUGGCCAUUCCCCUGCUGGUCCACACAACCAAGGGGGGGAACACUGGAAAUGCAGGGAGCCAUUAUGAAAUGCUUGGAAGCUGCAGGAUGGUAUGCGACCCGUAUGCUACGUCUCAGCCUGGCCAGGAGCUGACAGAUGUGUCUCCUCCGCCCCAGGAUUACUCUGGGAAGAAGCUAAAGUCUGGGCUGCGUGGGCCUCCAGGGAUCCCUGGUCCUCAAGGAGCACGUGGACCCCCUGGAGAGCCAGGCAAACCAGGGCCACAGGGACCCCCAGGUCCAGGUCCGGGUGGCUAUUCUCCCUCACUCUACACUCCCAAAAUUGCCUUUUACGCAGGGUUACGCAAGCAGCAUGAGGGGAGUGAAAUACUAAAGUUUGAUGAUGUGGUGACCAAUGUAGGUAACUACUAUGAGCCCAGCACCGGCAAGUUCACCUGUCCUCUGCCUGGCAUCUACUUCUUCACCUACCAUGUUCUAAUGAGAGGUGGUGAUGGGACCAGCAUGUGGGCAGACCUGAAAAAGAACGGACUGGUAAGAGCCAGCGCCAUCGCUCAGGACGCUGAUCAGAAUUACGACUACGCCUCCAACAGUGUGAUCUUGCAUUUGGACGUGGGUGAUGAGGUGUGUGUGCAGCUGGAUGGCGGGAAGGUCCACGGAGGGAACACAAACAAGUACAGCACCUUCUCCGGCUUCCUCAUCUACCCAGACUGAAUCUUGUCCUUACUCACGGAGAAAGGACACACACAUAGACAUGUUCACAGACAUAUGCAAAUGAAAGAACAUACACAGAUAUGCACAUGCACAAUGCUUGCAUGCACAUACAAAAUGAUACACACACACACACACACACAAAC